GAGGGGGUGACCGGGAGGGUGGCAGGAGUGGAGGGGACGCUUCGCCAUGGAAUAUGAAGUCAAGAAAGGGAAAAAGGGCUUCGUAUCCCCCAUCCGGAGGCUGGUGUUCCCCAAGGCCGCACGCCGAGCAGCCUUUCGGAGCAGUGUGAGCCGCCGACCCCUGCACUCCAUGCCCCUCUAUCCCCCCGACUACCUCAUCGACCCCCAGAUUCUGCUGUGUGACUACCUGGAGAAAGAGGUGAAGUUCCUGGGCCACCUCACCUGGGUCACCUCCUCACUGAACCCCUCCAGCCGGGACGAGCUCCUGCAGCUGCUGGACACGGCCAGGCAGCUGAAGGAGCUGCCGCUGAAGACCACGGCGGAGCAGGACAGCAUCCUGAGCCUGUCGGCCCGCUGCCUGCUGCUCACCUGGCGCGACAACGAGGAGCUCAUCCUGCGCAUCCCCACUCACGAGAUCGCCGCCGCCUCCUACCUGCAGGACGACGCGCUGCACCUGCUCGUGCUUAAGACCGGUCUGGGCGUGGACCCGGUGCCGGCCGGCGUAGACGCCAGCCCCGGCGGCGCGGGGCGCGACCCGGGCGGCAGCUGGGAGCGGAGGCAGGCGGGCGGCGGCAGCUGGGAGCGGCGCCACCCGGGCUCCAACCCCCUGGACCCGCAGGACCCCAGCCCCGACGCCUACUGCAACCUCGUCAUCCUGGCUGUGGCCAACAGGGAUGCUGCCGAGGAGUCCUGUGCCCUCAUCUGUCAGGUCUUCCAGAUCAUCUACGGGGACCAGAGCAUCGAGUGCGUGGACCGGGCCGGCUACCACUACACGUCCACACCCGAACGGCCCUGGCUCUGCAGCCGCAGUGACAGCUGCCGCACGGACGGGACUUACGCCUACGACGCCGACUUCAGCUGCUGUAGCUCCUUCAAUGGCUCCCAGGACACAUUUGAAGCGUGUUACAGCGGCACGUCCACACCCUCUUUCCAUGGCUCCCACUGCAGCGGCAGCGACCACAGUGGCCUGGGCGUCGAGCAGUUGCAGGAUUACAUGGUCACGCUGCGGAGUAAGCUAGGGCCCCCUGAGAUCCAGCAGUUUGCGCUGCUGCUGCGGGAGUACCGGCUGGGGCUGCCCAUCCAGGACUACUGCGCCGGCCUGCUGAAGCUCUACGGAGACCGGCGCAAGUUCCUCCUCCUUGGGAUGCGGCCCUUCAUCCCGGACCAGGACAUUGGCUACUUCGAGGGCUUCCUGGAGGGCGUGGGCAUCCGCGAGGGCGGCAUCCUCACCGACAGCUUCGGCCGCAUCAAGCGCAGCAUGAGCUCCACGUCGGCGUCGGCCGUGCGCAGCUACGACGGCGCGGCCCAGCGGCCCGAGGCGCAGGCCUUCCACCGGCUGCUGGCCGACAUCACGCACGACAUCGAGGCGCUGGCCCCUGACGACGACGAAAGCACGGACGAGGAGGCGCGGGGCUCCCCGGGCCAGGGCGACGCGGCCGAGGACAACUACCUGUAGCCUGUAGCCAUGCGGGCCCGCAACCCUGCCUCUGGGUCCCUCACUCUCUCGCCUGUGGGCCCCAUCCCCAGGGCCCCCUCUUGACACCCGGACGCCGGGCCUCCACUCCCGUCCCCGCCCUCGGGGCUCUGGCCCCUGCAGUACCGAGAAUGUCCUGCAGGGGGCGGCACCCUAAGGCCCUGGGCAGUCGCCCGAGGCUCAGCAGGCCGCCCUGCCAGGUGCGGGUGGGCUGCGUCCUUGUUUGUCCCGCUAGUCUCGAGGCUCGGCCCCGGGACACCGCCUCCUCCCCGCGACUCUGCGGCUUUCUGGAGGCCAAGGGAGGGAUGAAGAGUGGGCUCCACCUGCUGGCCGACUGAGAAAAGAGUUCCCAGAGCCCAGAGACGUCUAUUCCCCCUGUUUUACGGUGGGAGAAACUGAGCUUCACAAGAGGAGAAGGGACUUGAGGGAAUCUCUUAUCUCAUUACCUCAAACUGACCAUACUAAAUAGUGUAGAGGGUCUUUUUAAGCCUCUAAAUGGCAGGGUCUCCCCUCCCCUGAUGGCAGGAAUUGGAUUAUCAGUGUGGAAUGGAGGUUUUUCUCUACUGGGAGUUGACUCAGGAGUUCUGACCUGGGUCCCAGUCCUGGCCCU